CAGGUCCGAUCGCAAGCAAAAACAAACGACUGGAAGCCGUUCGUGUGAGUGGACGUGUCCAACAGACGCCUGCGCUGCGCCGCUGUCGAAUUUCAGCGCGCGCGCGACUUCUGCCUCUCUCUGCAGCUCGAUCCACACACGCUGUGGCCGCGUGCCUGCGCUGUAAGCCGUCAACCGAGCAUCGCCUGCGAGACCUACGCCGGUCGGUCGCCUUGGCUUAAUUCGCACAGCUUGCAACUCGGAGAGGAUAAUGAGCGAGCUGACCGCCGCCGUCGAGCGCCUCUCGACGAGCGACGGCCUCGUCGUCGUCCUGGACCUAGACGCCACGGUAUGGCUGCCCGAGGUCUACACGCUGCGCGCGCCGCGGGGCGCCGCGGACGGCUGGACGCCGACGCUCGGCACGGACGUGCGCGUGCUGCCCGGCGCGGCGGCGGUGCUGAAGCUGCUGGCCGCGCGCCCGGACACGCAGGUCGCCGUGGCGUCGCGCUCGGCCAAGCCCGAGUGGUCCAAGGCGCUGCUCGCGAAGGUCCCGGACCUCGCGGCGGCGGCGGUGCACAUCUACCCGGGCGACAAGCGGACGCACCUGCGGCGCAUCGCCAAGGGCCUGGGCUGCGCGUUCUCGCGCAUGGUGCUCUUCGACGACGCGCGCGACGGCAAGCACGGCAACUGCGUCGCUGCGGCGGCGCUGGGCGUGCUGGCCGUGCACUGCCCGCAGGGACUCAACGAGGAGCGGUGGCGCGCGGGGCUGGCGGCCUUCGAGAAAGGCGUGCGGGGCAAAGUAAUCGACGCGCCGGGCGGCCCGUCGUCCAAGCCGACGGUGACGCUGCCCGCCGUGUCGCUCGCGAUGGUGCUCUUGCGGCGUCCUUUUAUUCUCUUCGCGUUGUUGCGUCGGCAUCGCGCGCCACGCCAUCGACGCGAUGCCCCACGCAGCCUUUCGCGGCGCUGCUGUUGAACGGCUUCAAGACGCUCGAGACGCGGAACAACGAGCUCUUCGCGCCGUACGAGGGCCGGCGCGUCGUCGUGCGCGUCGGCAUGAAGGACUGGGACAACGCGUCGUGGAAGCUCUGGCACCCCGCGGGCGCGGCCGACCUCCGGCCCGGCUUCCGGCGCGGCGACGCGGCCGGGGUGGUGGACGUCGGGGAGACGCGGCGGCUCGCGUCCUUCGACGACGCGGCGCCGCGGGCCUGCGCCUGCGUCGAGGACUGUGGGACCUUCGGCACGGUCGUAUCGAACGCGAGGUGGUUCCCGAGGCCGUGGCGCGUGCGCGGCUUCCCGGGCGUCGUCGACCUCGCCGUGCCGGCGGACCUCGUCGGCGGGGCGGCCGCGGCCGCGGCGAGGGCGGCCGGUCCCCCGGCGAUCGACGCCGCGGCGGCGCCCGCGAAGAAGACGGGGAACCGCCGGCAGCGGCGCACGCGGCUCCAGAGCGGGCCCGGCGCCGCCGCCUAG